CAACACUGACGUAAAACCAAUCUGUACGACGGCAGCACCAGCAGCUAACAGUAGUACAAUCACUAGUUAGACGUUAACUUACUGUUUGGCUAUCUUUAACGGAAGUUUUCCCGUAAAUGAACUGUUCUGACAUCGCCUGGUGUUGAAGAAGUUUAAUAGACAUGAGUGACCAGGGGGACAUUUGUCCCCACCUGAAUUCCAUAGGGGAGGUAACCAAGGAGGAGCUUCUGCAGAAAUCCAAGGGAUCCUGCCAGUCAUGUGGAGUGGGAGGUCCCAACCUCUGGGCCUGUCUGCAGAGCGAGUGUCAAUAUGUUGGCUGUGGAGAAACCUUUUCAGACCACAGCACACUACAUGCACAGGCAAAUAAACACAACCUGACGGUGAACCUGACCACUUUCAGGAUCUGGUGCUAUGUGUGUGAGAGGGAGGUGUUUCUGGAGCAGAGGCCUGCAGUUGUACCUGCUAUGUCUGCCACACACACUCCCCACCACUGUAAAGCUAAGGAACACCAGGAUGCAGUUCAUCAACCAGUGAGUCACCACCACCCGUUGAAAGCAGUCCCUAUCGCGGUAGCCGAAGAAGAGUGGUCAGAGUCAGAGGAGGAUGUGCUCAAACCCAGAGGUUUGACCGGGAUGAAGAAUAUUGGUAACUCCUGCUACAUGAACGCAGCGCUUCAAGCCCUGUCCAACUGUCCUCCUCUCACUCAGUUCUUCCUGGACUGCAGUGGACUGGUGCGGACUGACAAAAAGCCCGCACUGUGCAAAAGCUACCAGAAACUCAUCUCUGAGCUCUGGCACAAGAAACGGCCCAGUUACGUAGUCCCCACCAGUCUGUCCCAGGGCAUCAAGCUGAUCAACCCCAUGUUCCGUGGCUACGCCCAGCAGGACACCCAGGAGUUCCUGCGCUGUCUGAUGGACCAACUCCACGAGGAGCUCAAAGAGCCACAGGUAGAGUGUGGCGGGGGAGGGGAGGGGGAUGAGAGGAGGGAUGGGGGCGACCGCUCCCCCUCUGAGGACGAGUUCCUCUCCUGCGACUCAGGUGCCAGCAGCGACCGGGGGGAGGGAGGGGGACUGGGGGAGCCCGAGCUGCUCAUUCAGGACGAGUGCACGGGCAUAGGGGCUGGCACAGGGGGGCCCAUCUCAGAGAAAGAGAGGCUGAAGGAGAAAAGGGUUUUGGGCUCGCCCCUCCACAGGGGCUCCCAGGAGAUGGACGAGGACGCUGAUGUGGAUACGACAGUGGCCGAAGAGGGUGGUCUGGAGAGGGGAGCGGAGGAGGAGGAGGGGACCCCCCCUAGCCCUAGGCCACAGGGUCCGAGUCAGACACAGGGGCAAACGCAGAGCAACAGCACUCCAGAGCCAGACAAUGAGGCAACGAUGCAGAAGCGCCCCCAGUCUCGCCCCUGCAGCCCCGUCUGUACUGUCCAGGAACUGCACCCUAAACUCUCCCCCAGCCCCACUCGCUCCAGCCCCUUCCGCUCUGCAGGGCCCGAAUACUCUUUUAAGAAAGCCCAGCUGUUCCUGGGUGCCAAGAAGCAGAAGCAGUCUCACUACCGCAGCGUCAUCUCAGACAUCUUCGACGGCUCCAUCCUCAGCCUGGUCCAGUGUCUGACCUGUGACAGGGUGUCGACCACAGUGGAGACCUUCCAGGACCUAUCCCUGCCCAUCCCAGGUAAGGAGGACCUGGCCAAGCUACACUCCUCCAUCCACCAGAACCUCCCAGCCAAGACCGGGGUAUCUCUGGACGUCUACGGCUCCCAGGGCUGGAUCACCUACAUCAUGGACUCCAUACGCAGGUUUGUGGUGUCCUGUAUCCCCAGCUGGUUUUGGGGUCCUAUGGUCACACUGGAGGAUUGCCUCGCCGCCUUCUUCGCCGCCGAUGAGCUCAAAGGGGACAACAUGUACAGCUGUGAAAGGUGUAAAAAAUUGAGAAAUGGUGUAAAAUAUUGCAAAGUACUUCGGCUACCUGAGAUCCUGUGCAUCCACCUGAAACGUUUUCGCCACGAGGUGAUGUACUCCUUCAAGAUCAACAGCCACGUGGCCUUCCCAUUGGAGGGCCUCGAACUCCGACCUUUCCUGGCCAAGGACAGCCCUUCUCAGAUCACUACCUAUGACCUGCUGUCCGUUAUCUGUCACCAUGGCACCGCAGGCAGUGGUCACUACAUAGCGUACUGUCAGAACGUGAUUAACGGUCAAUGGUACGAGUUUGAUGACCAGUAUGUAACGGAGGUCCAUGAGACUGUGGUGCAGAAUGCUGAGGCCUAUGUGCUCUUCUACAGGAAGAGCAGUGAGGAGUCGGUGAGGGAGAGGCAGAAGGUGGUGGAUUUAGCUAGCAUGAAGGAGCCAAGCCUGCUGCAGUUCUACAUCUCCAGAGAGUGGCUGAACAAGUUCAACACUUUCACUGAGCCAGGGCCCAUCAGCAACCACACCUUCCUCUGCCAGCACGGAGGGAUCCCGCCCAAUAAGUACCACUACAUCGACGACCUGGUGGUGAUCCUGCCCCAGAACGUGUGGGAGUACCUGUACAACAGUUUUGGAGGAGGUCCAGCAGUGAACCACCUGUACGUGUGUGCUAUCUGCCAGGUGGAGUUGGAGGCUUUGGCCAAACGCAGGAAGGUGGAAAUAGACACCUUUAUCAGGUUGAAUAAAGAGUUCCAAGCGGAGGAGGCUCCUACAGUCAUCCUGUGUAUCAGUAUGCAGUGGUUCAGAGAGUGGGAGAGCUUUGUCAAGGGCAAAGACAAUGAGCCCCCUGGUCCUAUUGACAACAGCAAGAUCGGUGUCAUGAAAGGGGGACACGUACAGCUCAAGCAAGGGGCUGACUAUGGUCAGAUCUCAGAGGAGACGUGGCAGUAUCUCCUCUGUAUCUAUAGUGGAGGGCCUGAGAUUGCAGUGAGACAGACGGUGCCGGCCACCAACACAGACAGCCUGCAUGGAGAGAGGAAGAUUGAGGCAGAGACCAGGGCACUCUGAGAAAUGGUUGUCUGUGUUUGACACCCCUGUACACUAGUCCUCACUGGAGCUGAGGUGGUUGAUUUGCACCUGGGUGAAGAGAAGCCUUAUAGGUUGUCUUCGUUUGACACCCCCGUACACUAGCUGCUGCUAUGUACCCCUGUACACUAGCCCACACUGGAGCUGAGGUGGUUGAUUUGCACCUGGGUGAAGAGAAACCUUAUUGUGAGCACUUUGUAAAAUGUAGCAACGCGCCUUAUUCUAUUACCUGUGCAGGAAGACAUAUCGGUCAAUUAUCAUCAUAGUGUAGUAGAAAAGGUGUUAUUUAUUGAACUCUUAUGAUGUUUCAGUAAGAAAAUAUACAUUAUGUGACACCAUGUCUUCAAAGCUAUUGUGGUAGUUGCAGUAGGUUGGUGACAUCAAAAUCUAAAUGGCUGCUGUACUACUGUAGUAGGUGGUGUCAUAUCGUUAAUGGUGUCCUGCACUCAGACGAGAGGCAGAGGGAGGAAGGGAAUGGCGUGCCGAGGGGCGUGACAUCAUCAGUGUUAAUUGCUACUUGACAACUCGGGUGAACUUGUACUAAUCUUUUUUUGCUGCAGGCCCCAAACAACAAACGUUCAGUGACUACACGUUUGUCACUCCGAGACGAUGGAAGACACAAAAACAGGCUGUUCAGGCUGUGUUGAAUGUUGCGAUCUUGUUGAAGUGUUCCACUCCCUUUCCGAGGAGAACUGCAACGUUGUCAGAUUGUCGUGACUCGUGGCGUCUCAUAGCAUAGUCGAUUUAUUUACGUCAUACAGAUCGAGGCUUAUUCCAUCAAUAACCCUUAGUAGUGUAAAUUUACAUACCGUAUGAACAAGCAGAUUAGGUUGUUGUCUCUCUCUCUCUCCAUUCCUUAGGAGAAUAGACUGUUCCCAGGUCUAUUUGUGCUGUCUUACCAACCCUCCGGUUUCUGCAGCCCCAGUUUAGGAUAGGAUGUCAGGCUAGGAGGAGACGAAAGAGAGGGGGAGAUCCCGUCCACCUGGAAGGGUAGGUGUGGAAGAGGUGUAAAGAGGUGUGUCGGACACCCGUCUAAAGUGAGUGUUGCUCAGAUGCCUCAUACUUCUCAGCUCAGCAAAACUCCAUUUCCCAGAAUUCACCACUCCCCCAGUUUACUAGCCUGCACCUGUCUGCACUCGUCCUUCUUGGAAAAUAUAGGAGGCAUGUAGCCUAGCUGUAAAGAGCAUUGGGCCAGUAACCGAGAAGUCUCUGGUUCGAAUCUCCGAGCUGACUAAGUGAAAAGUCUGUCAAUGUGCCCUUGAGCAAGGCACUUCCCCCUUAAUUGCUCCUGUGUGUUGCUCUGAAUAAGCGUGUCUGCUGAACGACUUAAAACGUCAAAUAUUAUAAUCCCCCUCAUCCCUCCCAAAGGUACAAUUCCCUUUACUGUGCAUGUAUACACUGCAAGCUAAAACGGAGGUUGUUUUUUGGUAGGUAGGACGAUGUUUAGUACUUUGACAAAAGAUGAUGCGAGUGGUGAUGUCAUUAUGAGCUUCCCCUGAGUUUAAUGGUUAAAUGUACAUGCGUUCAAGCUGUAGUAAUGCUAUGUAAUGGAUGCUGUCCAGUCGGUCCAAACAGUGUUUGAACCUAAAAGUAGAGGUUUGAAAAACAUCUGAGUGAUUCUGUGCUGCCGUGCUGGUAAGUGUAAGUCGCUCUGGAUAAGAGCGUCUGCUAAAUGACUUAAAUGUAAAUGUAAAUGGUAUGUCAGUGUCCAAAGAGUAAUUAUGUAGUUUUUUAAAAAGAUAAUGUAAUUUUUUCCCCCUUUUUUAAAAAUAGAUAUAUAAUAUAUAUAAUUUUUUUGUACUGUAUUUUUGUCAAUUUGGUACAGAUGUGAAACCUCCAAGAGUGUCUGUUUUCUGGCUGUCUAUCUGUGCUCAGACCUGUCUGUGGUCAGACCUGUCUGUGCUCAGACCUGUCUGUGGUCAGACCUGUCUGUGCUCAGACCUGUCUGUGCUCAGACCUGUCUGUGGUCAGACCUGUAUGUGCUCAGACCUGUCUGUGCUCAGACCUGUCUGUGGUCAGACCUGUCUGUGGUCAGACCUGUCUGUGGUCAGACCUGUCUGUGGUCAGACCUGUCUGUGGUCAGACCUGUCUGUGGUCAGACCUGUCUGUGCUCAGACACCUUCGAGUUGUUGUUGUUAUUAUAAUUAAUGUCUGCUGAUAGGUUGCUAAAGUGUUGUACAUUUGUUAUGACAGUGGACUACAGUGACGAUCCUUGUGCUGCAGUAUUAUUCCAACGUUUUUAAAAACGCUAUGUGAUACUUAUCUUCACCUCACUUCUGAAUUCCUGGUUGGUGUGUUUAUGUUGGGUUGUUUACACACACACACACACACACACACACACACACACACACACACACACACACACACACACACACACACACACACACACACACACACACACACACACACACACACACACACACACACACACACACACACACACACACACACACUCUCGCUUGCAAGAGUUUUGUUUUCACUUGUUGAUGAUUUAACAUUAAGACAUUGAAUUGAGAUAAUAGAUAAUGACUCGCCUCUGUCUUUAUCCAAAAGAAUAAUAGUAAUUAAUCAACUUGUUUUGUGUGUCUGUCAUGGUCACAGCAAUGAUGAUGCUGUUUGUCUUCGUGGUACAUCCAAACUCAGAUGGGUGUCUGUAAAACCGAUGUAAUGAUUAUAUGAUUAAAAGGCUUCUUUCA